CACGAACGCGGGAUUUUUGCCUCGUUUGUCUAGAAAAGUGAUAUGACUGCAAUUGCGUGAUAAUUGUAUUAUUUACUAUCGUAUCGGAAAGCUACACGAUGAUCUGCAUUUUUCGCUAAUUGGUAGAGCUCCUUGAUGAUGUUGUGGCGCUCAUGUCAGGAAUUGUAUAUGUUGGCGCUGUCUUUCUCAGACCAAAGUGUAGUGUAAAUUAUGCAUGUACUCUAUUAACAUCGAAUAGCUUUGGGCCUGCUUCGGUGUGACUACAUGCUACACGAGUAUACAUUAAAGCAAGUGGAAAUGAACACAAUAGCCUCAAGCUUUGCAGGCAUCUCCACCGCCAUUACCCAGUUAGAUAGAUUUAUCUUGACAGAAAUAGGACGCUUAGAUAGUAUGGAACAUAUCCCACCAAACGGAGCUCUAGCAGGUCUUUGCAACGGCAUGCUGGACGCAUGGAAGAUGUACAAUAACAAAACUGCCAUUAUCUUGUUUAUUGUAGAAGACGUCACGUACAAUAUAUGCGAUCAAAGGUUUCACGAAUUUGAAAUUCGUAGACUAAACCCACACGUAAAAGUUAUCAGGAGAACCCUGACACAAAUGGCUGAUCGAGCAUCUCUGUCCAAGGAUAAGGAACUUAUUGUGGACGGCAACAUUGUAGGUGUCAUAUACUUCAGGUCGGGAUAUGAAACAGCCGCAUAUCACAGCCAAAGAGAAUGGGAUGCAAGACUUCUUAUGGAAAGAUCUAAAGCUAUCAAGUGUCCAUCCAUCCAAUACCACUUAGCCGGUACGAAAAAAGUGCAACAGGAACUAUGCAAACCAGGAGUGUUAGAACUAUUUUUUGAUGAUGCUAAGAAAUUAGAAUCCAUAAGGGAACUAUUCGUGGGCAUAUAUGGUUUAGAAUUUGAUGAUGCUGGUAACCAAGCUGUUCAAUUAGCCAUCAGGAAUCCAGAAAGGUACGUUUUGAAACCUCAAAGGGAAGGAGGCGGCAACAACAUAUAUGGUUUUAAAAUAAAGGAUGCUAUAAUGGGGAUGAAGGAUAGCAAAGAGAGAACAGCUUGGAUCCUAAUGGAAAAAAUAUGUCCUCCUUUGACAAGAGGUUAUGUGGUUCGACCUGGUGGACCUAAGGUUCCCCCGCUGAGCAAUUUGGUUUCAGAGUUAGGAAUCUUCGGUGUCAUCAUUGGUCGGCCGUAAAAAGAAAUUGUAACAACGUUGUAUUCAUUGUGGUCCAGGAGGGGUGAGCGACUGAUUAAUUAGACAAUAUUCAUUCGCAAUGCACAGAAUUACCCCCACUUUUCCAAAGAAUUUACAUACAGAACAAUACAGCAUGUGGAAAAACGGGUGUUAAAGAGAUUAAAAGUUGAUAUCAUGGAAAAGCAUUUCGAACAAUCCAUGCCAACAGAAUAGUGGAUAUACCCUUGUCUUUACAACCUGGGAUUGUUUCUCCCCAAACCAAUAUCUAAAUACAGUUUGGAGAGGAUGUGGCAGGUGACGACCCUGUAGAGACACAAAAAAUGCGAGUGACCAGAUGAAGGACCGCUACGACGCCGUGCCGAAGAGGGUGUCUAUUAACAGGGCGACCUGGUGUGGCUAUACAAGCCCCAACGGAAGAAAGGUCCAGUCCUCGCUAGAAGAGUUCCUCGGAACUUAUUUGGGAAGCGCCAAGGCAAGCAAGAGACGAAACGGUCUUGAGGAAGAGUCAGUGUAACGCCCUCGUAUGACUGGAAUUCUGGGUUCCACGUACAUCAACUAGAAGACUCUUCAGGUGGCCAGAAGUGGGAUCGUCCCAUCCUAACCGUGUCGAACUUCGUGCAUCCAGAACUAGCCGAUACGACCGCUCCUUUGUCCCGAGGGUGUGGAGAUUGUGGAACAAUCUACAAGAGAAAGCUUUUCCCUGUUCUGCAAACCUUAGGCAGUUCAAAAAUCGUAUUAACAAAAUUUCUUUGGGAUCAUCAUAGCAGCCGCGGUGCCCCGGCAUUUAGGCUUCUGCCUGCGCGGCUGCUUUGGUAUAAAAAGAGGCAACCAGAAUUACGCAACCAUAUGUGCAGUGAGGUCGUGUUUCUGUGCCGUUCGCUACUCGAUUGUGAAUCUUCGACAGUUCUGAAGAUGAUUCUGCUGCCAUCUAGACCACUUCCAUGGAAAUUCGCGAAAACGCUAUGUUUUUUCGAUUCGUCGAUAGGGGAAUAAGUACCCAACGAAAUGGCGGAAGCAGUCAGUGACGUCGACAUAGUUAUAAAUAUUUCAUAAACUGGUUUAUCAAGUGUUAUAAAUUAGUGUAGAGUAAUAAAUUAG